AUGCCAAAGUCUAUCGCCUCCGAUUUGCCGUUAUCAAAGCAGCUUAAUGACCUCAAGACUCUGUACGCCUCUGACUCGCGCGCUCGCGCACUCGUUUUAUGGACAGCUAGUGCAACUUCAAUGAUUGGGCUAGUAGGAUUUUUCGCCGGCUCCCGGUUUAUCCAGGCUUCUAGACGGAUACCGAAUGCUGAUUGGAUGCAUCCCGGGUUACUUCUCAAGAGACCUUUGAUCAGAGGUGUUGUGACGAGGGUAGGAGAUGCUGAUAAUUUCAGAUUAUACCAUACUCCUGGCCCGUUCUGGUUUUGGCCCUUCAAGUUUAGAAAGGUGCCUACGAAUUCCAAAGAUCUGGCUAACGAAACACUACAUAUAAGGAUCAAUGCUGUGGAUGCUCCCGAGGGAGCCCAUUUCGGGAGAGAAGCGCAACCGAAGAGCCAGGAAGCAUUGCAGUGGCUCAAGGACCAGAUCGGUGGAAAGACGAUUUGGUGUCGGCCUCUGAGGAGAGACCAUCACGGGAGAAUUGUCGCUUCAUGUUAUCUUCCUCCCCGCCUCCUUCCGAACAACGUAUUUAAAGGAAAACACCUAUCCAUGGAGAUGCUGAGGGCUGGAUGGGCAACCGUAUACGAGCAAGGAGGAGCAGAGUAUGACCCAUAUACCAAAGAGGCAUUUUUGAGGGUCGAGACGGAGGCAAAAGCCGCUAAGCGAGGCAUAUGGGAAAAGGGAAGUAGACUCAAAGAAACACCAGCAGAAUAUAAAAGGCGACAUGUCGCUGCCGAGGCUGCUGCUGCUGCUGCUGGAGUAGCCAGCAAGUGA